CGUGAAUUUUCGCUGAAAUCUUCCCACAAAACCCGUGAAUAAAACGGCAGGACCAAGGUGUGCCUCAAGACCACAACCAGGGAGCUUGAUUGAUCGAUCACAAAGGACGUGUUGACAUCAGCUCUUGUUCAUACACACACGCGCGCGCGCUAUUUCUUCACGGCCACUUUCUCGACAAACGCCCGCCCGCCGCCUGCAUCAGCGCCAUUGUUUGUGACCCGCUGCUGCGUUCUGGGAAAGUACCCAUCCCCAUCUUCUGAGAGGAGCCCUGCGUUGCACGUGUGUGGCUCAGUUCAAACACACCAACCAUGAGCAUGGACACGAGGAACGAUUCGGGCCUCAACGUGGAGCAGGCCAAUGUUCUCAUCAGACAAAUGUGUGACGAGGAAGUCGAGGCACGAUUGAGCGCCCUGCGUUCGCUGCCGUUCAUUGCUGCCGCUCUCGGUCCAGAGAAGACCCGCACAGACCUCCUCCCUUACCUUCAAGCGACCAUUGAUGAUGAGGAUGAAGCCAUGUCUUUGAUGGCGGAACAGCUGCCGACGCUGCUGCCACACCUCGGCGGCAACGACUUUUCAGAGCAGCUCCUCCCCAUCCUGGAGGAGCUCGCGUCGAACGAGGAAGCUGUCAUCCGCUCAAAGGCGACAAAGAGCUUAAUCCAAGUUGCCGAGCAGCUGUCUGCCGAGGCCCUUGAGCGCGCAUAUGUGCCCAUGGUGGGCCGCCUCGUCUCAGCGCACUGGUACACGCUGCGAGCGAGCUCGUGCGCGCUGCUUCCGUCCCUGUGCACGCUGCUGCAGACAGAUGCGUUUCGCGACUCCAUCAUCGAGUCUCUCACCAUCCUUUGCCGUGAUGACACGGCCAUGGUCAGGCGAGCAGCUGCCGAAGCCCUCAAGGACAUGUUCCAAGUGGUGGAUGCCAACACAGCCGUGACCACUCUCAAGCCCCUUUACCUCCAGCUUGCACAAGAUGAUCAGGAUUCGGUGCGUCUGCUCUCUGUUGCUGUGCUGCCUGCGAUUGCCAAGCUGACGAGCAGUGAGGCGGAGUGCCGCGAGCUCGUGGUGCCGGAGCUGCAGCGGUUUGUGCGGGACGUUGCCUGGCGCGUGCGCUACAUGCUCGCCGACACCAUCACGGACGUCGAGGCCAACAUGCCGGUCCGCAUGCGCACGGACGAGCUCAUUCCCGUCUUUACGCAGCUGCUGCGCGACUCGGAGGCGGAGGUUCGGCGCUGCGCCGCUGGAAAGGUGUACGAUUUCUGCCUUGCGCUCGACCCGGAGACGCGUGUGCGCACGAUUGUGGAUGCGAUUGUGCCAUGCAUCGAGAGCAUAUCGCAGGACCCAAACGAGCACGCCCGCGCCUCGCUGGCAAACGUCGUCAUGGGCCUCUCCAGUGUGGUCGGCGCCGAGGAGACCGUGCGCUGCUUGCUGCCGACAUUCCUUCGCCUGUUGAGGGACGACGACUCGCAAGUGCGCCUGAACGUGAUUUCGCGGCUGAGCGAGGUGAAUGCUGUGAUUGGGCUGGGUCACCUCUCAAAACCGCUGCUGCCUGCCAUUGAGAAGUUGGCCAAGGACGCAAAGUGGCGCGUCCGCCUCGCAAUCAUCGAGUACCUGCCAACCAUCGCAGAGCAGCUGGGUGUGGAGUUUUUCAACUCAGACCUGAGGCCGUUUUGCACGGAGUGGCUGCGUGACAGCGUGUACGCCGUCAGAUCCGCAGCAGUCGCAAACUUCCAGAAGCUCACGAAGAUCUUUGGCGAGCCUUGGGCAAUUUCUGUUGUGCUUCCCGCCUUGGAGGAGCUUUCCGAAUCAUCCAACCACGUCCACAGGCUCACUUGCCUCUUUGCCCUCAAGGCCCUGACACGGGACCUGACACCAGACAUUGUUGCCGGCAAGCUUGUGCCGAUGACCCUGUCGCUCUCAAAGGACAAGAUCCCCAACAUCCGCAUCAACGUGGCCAAGACGCUGAGGGUGAUUCUGCAGCGACUCAAGCACACGCCGCACCUGCGGCCGGAGGUGAAGACCACCCUGGACACGCUGGCACAGGACCCGGAUGUGGACGUUUCGGAGUAUGCAAAGGAGGCGCUCUCCUCCAUGGAUUCCUUCGUCUGAGGAAUGCUUUGUGGUGUGGUGUGGGGUGCGGGCGUAUUCUCCUCCCUCUUUCCCCGCUUGUCUGGUGGCGUGUGGUAGGUUAAUUGGUUGCUUGUCCGAGUAUGGUGAGCGUGAGUUCGACAGCGGCGUGGGCGAUGCAUUUGGGCAUUGUGUGCAGCUCGUGAUGGGAUGGUGAGCGCCAUGCUCCGUGUCACGUGUUCGCCGUCCUGGCGGUGCAGCAACAGUGUCCAGUGCGUUUGCUGAAACUGUUGUCUCCUGGUGUUCCUGUUCAUUUUCCGUGCUUUGUGGUUGCGUCGUGCGUUCACACCCCUUCUGUUGCUUCGACAUCCUUCCGAACUUGCUUCUUCGAGUCGUCGCUGCUUGUGUAGUUGCCACUUUACUUUCUUUUUCCUCCUUUCUGUCUUUGGUUGUUGUUCUUCUUGUUAUUGUUCCUUGGUGUGCGUUCGUCACUCGUCGUGUAUUGUGUGUGUGUGUGUGUGUGUGUGUGUGUGGUAACGGAUGUGUUUUCGCUUUGCCUGCUUACUCGUUGCGUGUCCUCUACAUGUGUCUCGUGAUUGGCUCUUGUCCAGUUACAAAACCACAUAGCGAAGGGUGUGCGUUGGUCUCACAACCCCGUCACAUGCAUGAAACAGAAAUAUCACAAA